UAAAACAAAAAUGAAAUCCUGUUGUCCGAGUCAGUCAGUCCUGUUGUCCGAGUCAGUCAUGCCUGUGUGUAAUCAUGUGCAGUGUCACACAGAGGUGACAAUAUCUCCUCACUAUCUCCUGCAAGACACAAGAGCUGAGUCUGCAUCUGAAAAGAAACCGAGAACGCUGCCACUAACACUGUCGUCUCUGUUACACCGUCCAGCCUCAGCUGUGUCUGUAAGAUCAGGAGCUGAGAUGACUUUCUACGAUGACAUUUACCCAUUCUACCCGCUACAAAGGACUGCCUUCAUCUUUAGUGGUCGCUUGCUGACCAUUAUUCUGGUGUUCCUUGUGCUGGCCAUCAGUCUUCUUCUCAUUCUGCCCGGCAUACGGGGGAAAUCAAGGCUGUUUUGGAUGUUGAGAAUAUUUAUCAGCCUGUUUAUAGGAGCGGUGAUCGUGGCUCUCAACUUUACUAAUGACUGGGCCGAGGCCAGAAUGACCACAAACACCACCUACAAGUCUUUCAGCAAUGUGGUGGUGAACGCAGACGUUGGUCUGCAUGUGGGACUCUAUGGCAUCAACAUAACACUGAAGGGCAAUCCUCCAAUCCAGUUCAAUGAGACCAUUGACUACAAUGAGAUGUUCAGCUGGCAGGACACUGUUGAAGAUGAGUACGAAGAAGCUUUGGAGAAAGGUUUGCCCAAUCCUAUCCUGUACAUCGCCGAGAAAUUCGGCCCGUGUGGGCUCAACUUGCCCUACAGAUACUCCGGACGAUAUGCAUCUGCAACCCUCUGGACGGCCUUCUGCUCCUGGAUGCUCGCAAAUAUCCUGUUCUCCAUGCCAGUCAUCCUGUAUGCUGGCUAUAUGAUGAUGGUGACGGCAGCCUUCAUCUUUUUCUCCACCGCCUCCUUUUCCACCAUCAUGAAUGUUCCUCAGUGUGUCUUCUCCAUUGGAACAGACUCCUUUAAAACGGAAUACAGUCACUCAUUCUGGCUGGCUCUGGCCACAGGUUUUUUGUGCACCAUCAUUGGCCUGUUGGUGGUGUUGCUAAACUUCCUGAUACCAGAGAAGAUAAAGGAGGCCUUCAGUGUUGGUGUUGACAGUUAUGAAGAUGAGGACUUCUCCUACGAGGAGGGCUUUCUGAAUUCAGCUUUUCUUGAUGGAGUGACAAUUUCACCGCUGACGUCAAGGGUGCAUUUACCUUAUAAAACCUUCCAGGAAAUGGAACUCAGAUAGAGCAUUUGCUGAAAUAUUUUUUGUAUAUUGUUAUGUAAAAUGAUGGUAAAAAUGUGUUUGGUUGUGGUUUAUGUGUAAAUACUGUAUAUGUUUGAUUAGGAUAACAGUUUCUUUACUGCUCAGGAGGUUGUGGCCAUGUUUUGAGGAGCAGUUUCAACAUGUACCAUUCACAUUCCUUAAAAUA